AUUCUGCAAGUGCAGCAAAAAUGCUUUUAUGCUGCGCCACCAGGUGACGAGAUGGAGAAUACAAUACUGAAGCAACACGUGUGUUUUUCGUUCGUAUGGUACAGUAAAAAAUAUUGCAAGUCUCCGUUACCGACAGUCCAGUUGAAUUAUUACGUUUCGUUUAUAUUUUGCUGUGGAGGGAAAGCGAUUGUCUUCUAAGCGAUAGAAAGACAUUUUUAUGAAAUCAAAAAUACUUUUAGAAGUGUAUUUUAGAGAGGGGCAAAUUGUUGAUUCGAUUGAAUAAUGAAAUGUGUUAUACCAUGUGCGAAUGUCAAAGUUUUGGCAAGAGCCUUUCAUGCUUUAGCAAAAAUUGGAGAGGAAAUGUAUGUUAUGCCACAGGAGAGGAGUCUGUCAUUUCGUUCAGUGAGCAUGGCUAACUCAGCCUAUUGUGAUUUUACAUUCACAGAGCACUUUUUUACAUAUUACAAUUAUGGAAAUCUCAGCGAGGACGAUGCACUCAAGUGCAAAGUUCCCAUGCGGGCUGCAAUGGCUGUCUUCAAGACACCUGGAAUUUUGGAUAAAUUGAUUGAAACCUGCCAGAUUAAAUUAGAUCCAAAUGCUAUUAAACUAAUGAUCAUCUUGAAGUACAAAAACAGCGUCAUUAAAAGGUUCCUAUUACCCAUCAUCGACUGUGAAGCCCUGCAGGCCACUUAUGACACAGACACAGCCCCCAACAAAAUUACUGCCCAUCCCAGUAUUCUUGGAAAUGCUUUGCAUAACUUCCAGCAGAAUCUCAUUGAAAUAACACUCGACGUUACUGCUGAUAAAAUAUUGAUGAGAAAUUACAUCGAUGAUACAACCAGUGCAAAUGCAAAUGCAACUAGAACUCAAUUAGCCCUAGCAAUCGGUGAGUUCACGUCUUACCAAAUUGAAAAGGCCACCUGUCUGACAUUCUGCUUGAAAGAAUUACGAGCAAUUCUGGGAUUUGCAGAUAUUGUCGGCAAUCCAAUAAGAAUUCUGUUCGAAAGUGCCGGAAAGCCGGCAAUUUUUUUUAUGAAGAGUACAACAUUUGAAGCACAUUUGGUCCUCUCAACACUUGAUCCAGACAAUCAAUAUACACCUGAUACUACGAUACGAGAUAAAAGACAAAUGUCCAAAAAGAGGACAUUGAAAGCAAAAAAACCAGCUGUUCAUAAACCACGGGAGAGUAGUGACAGAUCCGUCAGAACUACAGAGGCAAUUUGUAAUAUUUUAACUUCAGUACAUCGCAAGAGACAUAAAGAUUCGUCUUAUUUAUCAUCGAGAAAUCAAUCAGAUUCUACCACGAUAGAUGAGCCACAGCUGAUUUCAGCGAUUAGGUCAGCCAGUAUUCAUUCGAAAGGAGGAAACAACACUGAUGAAGGUUCCAGUGCACUGAUACCUGAUUCAGCAUCUUCGAUUCAGUCAUCUGGAAGCACUGGAAAAAUGCCUUCCCUAUUUUCGACAGCAUCGAAACGUCAGGUCAGAGAACCAGACAGAGGCAGUGAUGAUGAUGAUGAUCAUGAUACGAUUCCUCCCUCACCUCCACCGCCUACUAAAAAAGCCAAAAUGAUAUUCCGAAAGUGUUUUGAAAGUACUUUUGAUCCAAAGAUGCUUCCUGGACAUGAUACACUCUUAGCUAAUGAUUCAGAUGAUGAAAACAUUUAGAUCCAAUAAAUUAAAUGGAAAUUGAAAAGCAGAGCUCACAUUGAGCAUUACAAAAUUAUAAAAUGUUCAUAAAUAUAGGUAAUUUAUUAUUUAUUUACUACAGACGCAAAUGUUAUCUCUAUAUUUUUGUACUUUUUUCACUCCACAAUAAAUAAUUUUGUUGACAC